UGUGAUAGUCCCCCAUUACAUCGUUUCCGCUUUGAGUUGCUGAAGAUUCAGAAGAAAACGAGUUGUUGCGUUACUUCUAUGUCUAAAAUGAUAUAUGAGGUUUCUCGUAUUGUCCUUAACAUCACAAACGUGGGUUUGUAUACUCCGUUAACUUAACCUGUUGUUAAAACCUCACAGGUUGAGGUUAAGGAAUCCACUUCGUGUCAAAGGUUAGAGGACAACGACCUAAGGUCUGCCCAGGUGUGUUGCUUGAUGUGUUGUUGAUAACAUAUCUGAAGCAUGUCCUGACAAGGUUUGUUGUGUACAAACAGGAUGGUCAACGCUUUAGUGUGAUUUCUUGAAUUUUUAGAAGCAUCUGUUCUCUAGCUAUACGUUUGAUCAACGCAUGUAACGUACGAUUCACCUCAAGAUAUGGGCGACAGGAAACGGGGCCUACCACAAGACUCACAACAACCAGACACCAAACGAAAGAAAUCUCUGCCCACUUGCGGGCCUAAGAGCGCGAAAGCAACUUCAAGUGUUGAUCAAAAUGUUCCCAAGAUCUUUCAGGACGUCAGAGCGUUCAUACUUCCUGCAGGGCUGGGAAAGGCGAGGAUGGACAUCUUCAAACGCCAGAUUCCACGGUUUGGUGGUGACCUGCACGGCCAGAUCAGCAGCACCACCUCUCAUAUUGUUGUGGAUGAUAACAUGGAAUAUGACAGACUCUGUCGAAUCCUCAAGGUUGAAAAACCACCCGUUCAUGCAAGUGUGGUACAUGCAAACUGGGUAAGUGACUGUAUUGAAAGUCGAACGCUACUUGGCACAGAUGAAUACACAAUCAAAGUCCCUGCCUCUGUGACAUUGAUACCCCAGAAGAAAACAACAUCAGAAGAUGAGAAGGAAUCUGUCAGCAAAUCAGAAGGCAGGUCACAAGCUACUGGCCAAUCAGAUUUACCCGUGCAGAAGGUUGAUGAUGAGGGUGAUCAGAAGGACAGUGGAGUAGAGAGUGCAGCUACAUCACAGCCAUCUCCUGCCAAGGACGCCUGGUGGUGGAGGAAGAACAAAACCAAAGUUCCCACAGGUGAGGACAGUGAUGACAGCAGCUACAUCCCCACAGAUGAGGAUGAGGAUGAGGAGGAUGCAGGAAACCAGCUGCAGGAGGUGGAGUCAUCCCCAUCAACAUCUGCCUCCUCCACACCCAACACCUCCCCCCAGAAACUACCACGGGGAAAGUGGGUAUGUGCAGAGCCCUCUACCUCCAAAGGUGUGAACUACAACAAGCACAUCACAGACAAGUUCCAGUUGCUGGCGAAGGCAUACAAAAACACCAGUGACCAAUGGCGUGCCCUGAGCUACACCAAGGCCAUUGCAAUACUUCAGAGGCACCCCAAACCUAUUACUUCAUGGGAGGAGGCCCACAGUCUGCCAGGUGUCGGGCAGAGACUUGCAGACAAGAUCUGGGAGGUGGUUGAGAGCGGACACUUGCGGAAGCUGGACCACCUGGGGCCUGAACACGAAGCCCUGAACUUGUUUAAUGAUGUAUGGGGAGCUGGGGCAAAAACUGCACAACAGUGGCUGCAGCAGGGGCUCCGCACACUUGACGACCUGAGGACAAAGGCAAAGCUGACGCGGCAGCAGCAGAUUGGACUGAAGCACUACGAUGACUUCCUGGACAGGAUGCCACGGGAGGAGGCAGCGGAAAUAGAAAGGACCGUGCGUGAGAUGGCAGAAUCUAUCAACCCAGGUCUGAUGGCGAUGGCCUGUGGAUCUUAUCGGCGCGGGAAGCUUAACUGUGGUGACGUGGAUGUGCUCAUCACACAUCCAGAUGGGAAAUCUCACAAGGGGAUCUUCCAAAAAGUUCUAAAUGGCCUCAAGGAAACAGGUUUCCUGACAGAUGACCUUGUGACCCAGGAGGACAAUGGAGAACAGAAGAAGUACCUGGGUGUGUGUCGCCUGCCUGGGGAGGGCAGGAAGCACCGGCGGCUGGACAUAAUAGUAAUCCCGUACAGUGAGUUUGCUUGUGCCCUGAUGUACUUCACUGGCUCCGCACACUUCAACAGGUCCAUGAGGGCACUGGCCAUCAAGAAGGGUAUGUCUCUCUCAGAGCACUCCCUGAACACCGGAGUCAUUCGUAAGGGGAAAGAGAAGAUAUUCGGCGGCACCCCCCUCCCCUGCCAAACUGAGGAAGAUGUCUUCAGACACCUGGGCCUGGAUUACAGACCCCCUCAUGAGCGAGAUUGGUGAUGAAAGAACCCCCCUCUCCCUAUCUGGAUACGUCUCUCUUGCAACUGGAUGAGUCACAGCUUUGAUACUGGCUAGGUGGACGCUUGACAAACCUAAUCUGUGUAACUAAAAGCAGUGAGAAAGUGUAGAUGAUGUACUAGUAUAUUAAUCUCUCAUUGCCCUAAAGAUAUAUUUGACUGGCCCUACCUACUGGUCAGAAUAUUUUAAAAUUGCAAUCAUUUGUAUCAUAUGUGUUCUUAACAAACUUAUACAGGGCUGAGGCAUUUAUUUUUUCAUGACCUGUUAAAGACAACAACAACAAAAAAACAGUUGCUACAGGCAUGAAAUCUUCACUCCUGUUUUCAUAUAACCACCUUCAUUUGUUCUAUCUUUAAUACCAUAGUUUCUGCCUGGUAGAAAUAUCUCUAACCCUGGUGUGUUACAUACAUGUAUAUAGUUAUACUCAGAAGUCCACAUGUAUUUUCAUCUAUUUCCCUAUGAUGGCUGUUGUUUGGUCUGUAUUGAUCUUGGUUGACAGCAGGGCAGAUAGGAGGUUGCUUCCCUAACAAACAAUAGAUGACACAACUUGUGGUGGAGGUAUCCAAGCAGGUAGCUUGUGCAUGUACUGUACAAAUGGCAUGUAAACUUUCUGUGCAAUAUUCAAUGUGAUAAUUGUAUUUGAUGGGUGUUAGGGUACCUUAUCUACUAAUUGUUGGGAAAUACAUAAUUAAUGCAAAUGAAAUGAUAAAGAAAAAGCAGAUGUCAGGCAGUUAUUGAUUGAAGUUGCAAAUGUUACCUAGCAGAAGUUGCAUGGAGGGUGAUACCAUUUGUAAAUAAGGGGGUCUUGUUAAAAGAUUUUAAAUUUUCGGUCAGUGGUUUUAAAUGAUGCUGGAAGUUUCAACUGUGACAAUUUGAGUGUAAUGUUGUUAUUGUUCUGAGUAAUGCAUUAAGGAGUUUUUAACAGUCUUAAAGAGAUUAGGCAGAAUUCUUAGAAGGAAGAAUGAAUUUCACACCACUGAAUGAUGUUUU